GUGUUGGUAAUUUGAUCUCUAGGUCCUCUGCCUUUUCUAAAUCCAGUUUGGACAUCUGGAAGUUCUUGGUUUAUGUACUGUUGAAGCCUAGCUUGAAGGAUUUUGAGCAUUACCUUGCUUACAUGUAGAAUAUGUGCAACUGUGCAAUAGUGUGAACAUUCUUUGGCAUUGCCCUCCUUUGGGAUUAAAAUGAAAAAUGACCUCUUCCAGUCCUGUGGCCGUUGCUGAGUUUUCCAAAUUUCCUGGCAUAUUGAGUGCAGCACUUUAAAAGCAUCAUCUUUUAGGAUUUUAAAUAGCUCAGCUCCACUAGCUUUAGUGAUAAACUAAGAUUUGGCACUGUUUUCCCUGCUGAUUGGACUGGUUGUUGCAAAAGAUCUCUGCAGCGUCUGAGGGGAAGGGCCCCCGCCCUGUCUCCUGUCUGCCUUGGGAUUCGCUGUGUGCUGGUUUUCCAAGGCUUGUGUUGGAGGCUGGCUUCUCUGCGCCUUCAGUCACCAAGGGCCCUGAUGCUGCCUUUAUUUACUGGUGCAUUUUUUUAUGUUGUGGAGAAGGUUGAAUGGCCAAGGGGUGCCAGAGACCCACCCAGAGGUCACCUGCUAGCUCGCCCCAUGGGUCGAGGGACCCGCUGGCUCCCUUGUCUGUGUGGGGUCACCUCCGCCAGCCCCGACGGGGGCAGCUCAUGAGGCCUCCACUGCUCCACAACACUGCAGGUCACCUGUCAGGUGGGAACAACGAAGUUCCCAAUGCCGAGGCCGAGUGCGCUGACGGGAGACCCCGGGGAGGGAGAGGCGCAGGUGGCGCCCCCGGGGAGCCUGAUGCACCGUGAGCCGUGUGCCUUGCAGACGCCUGGAGCAGGGCUGCCAGGGGAGGAUGAUCCUCCAGUGGUCCGAGGUGGAGGUGGAACGCUCGAAGUUCUGGGAGCAGGCCAAGCGGCAGAGGGCCAGGCUGGAGGAAGACCUGUGGCACCUGCAGGCGGAGGAGACGGGCCUCCGCGAGAAGCUGACCCUGACCCUGAAGGACUGAACCCUCCCCGCGGCCCUGGGAGCUUGACACUAAAGAACGUUUUCUGCAGCCACAGAGAGAGCCCAUUUCUCAGCCGCAGCGGAAGCGUCCUGGCUUCUCCAAGAGAGUGCAGCCCUCCUCUGCAGCUGUGUGGGCUGCAGGAUGGGGGCCGCGCCUGCCUUCUGAUUGUUUCCUGUGUCUGCGGACACCACCUUCCAGGUUUUCCACUGAUCACGUUAAAAAAGGACCUGCAGGACCGCAACAACAAGCUGCAGGCUUCAGUGCGGGAGCAGCCCAGCAGCCACACGCCCUCUCUGCCGUCUGUCUCGGGCACUUCCUGUGGACAGGCACAGGAGCCCAGUGCUGUCCUAGUGCUCCACCCAGGCCCCAGGCCCGGCGGGCUGUGCUGGUCCUCUCUGCUUCUCCUGACUCACGGCACGCCUUGGCUUGUUGGCCCCACAGCUAACGUCUCGGUUCCAGUCUGAGUGGUGUCUGGAUCAUUGGACAGGGUUUCCUGGGCACCUGCCACGUGCUGUCACAGCUGGGUCUGCAGCCGGGACUGAGACAGGUGUUUGCAGCUUUCAGCCCCAGGGGGUUGGGCAGAGAAGGCUCCAUCCUCUGACAUCUGUACCCCUUGUUACAGGCCUGUUCAGCUCUGAUGUUUCCUCCUGGGUCUGUCUGGGUAGAUUGCUUCAAGGCAUUUGGACAUGGCCAGUUUUCAAAACUCCCAACCGGGCAUUUUACUGAAUGGUCCUCAGCUUGAAUGCCUGGUUAGAUGCCUUCUUUAUGGGACCAUCUUCUUUACUCUGAUGUGUGGUCUUUCGUGAAACUGUCUUUGGAAUACAUUCCCUCAGUUUUUGUUUAUCUGAAAAUGUCUCAAAUUCUCUCCCAUUUCUGAAGGCCGGUCUUUCUAGGAGCACAAACUUUGAUGCACAGUUGAAGGCUGCCCUCUGCCCUCUGACCUGGGCAGGGUGCUCUGAGUGAGCAUCCAUUUUCCAUUGCUGCGGUGAUGAGUUACCAGGAAAUCAGAGGCUUAAAGCAUCACAACUUCGGAUUUCACGGUGUUUGAGCCUGGAAUUCAGAAGUGGGUACGACUGGGCGGGAAUCUCGGUGUUGGCCGCCGCCUUCCUUUUUGGAAGCUCGGGAGGAAACCUGCAGGCCUCCCAUUCU